AGUGCAAUAAUAAAUAGUAAGCAAUAGAAAUGCGAUCAAUUGAAAUAGGACUUGCGGUUAUAUUUCUUUUUUUAUACAAAGUCGAUGCAACAUUGCCAAAAUGUGCGGAGUUUGAUCAGAGUGGCAUGAUUGCACGGGAAUUAGAAAAAGAUUCAAAAGCUCUUCCAUUCCAGGAUAAAUUGGAACAAUUGUUCAAUGCCUUCGAAAAAAAUGACACUGCAAGCGUGGAAUCAAUUUAUAAAUCAUUGGAAACCAUCAGAGUCGAUGAUGAUGAUGAUGUCCGAGAAAAGUAUACUGAGAAUCUAAUCAAAUCUGUUCCUGAUCGUAUUAAAUCGCAUGGAUAUCCAGCCGAAGUACAUCAGUUAGUAACGGAAGAUGGGUACAAAUUGGAUUUGUAUCGAAUACCUUAUGGAGUUAAAUCACCAAAAACCAACAGAUCCAGACCGGCCAUAAUUUUGGUGCAUGGAUUCGGUGAAUGUUCAAAUGGAUGGAUUGUAUUAGGGCCUGAAAAUUCUUUGGCCUAUUUGCUGGCUGAUAACGACUACGAUGUAUGGAUUUUUGGAGCCCGCGGAACGGAGCAAUCGCGCGGCCAUGUAAGCUUAAACUCCAAACAACGCGAGUACUGGGAUUUUUCAUGGCAUGAGAUUGCCAUUUACGAUUUAACCGCUUGUAUUGACUAUAUUUUGAGUGAAACUAAAAUGAAAAGACUUAACUACGUAGGGUUUUCACAGGGAACGACCGUUCUUCUUGUAUUAGCAUCAUUGCGACCUGAGUACAAUGACAAAAUUAUCGAAGCAAAUUUAUUAGGUCCUGUUGCGUACUUGAAAGGAAAUCGUAACUCAUUGUUUAACGCCAUUGCACAUUAUUACAAACCACUGAAACGAAUAUUUCAAAUCUUGCGCAUCUUUAAGAUCACCAUAGACAAUAAAUUUCUGGUGAAAAUUACGGAAAUCGCUUGCAAAAGAACCGCACAUUCAACUCCAUUUGCCUGCAAACUUGUAUUAUCCAUAUUCGGCUCGACCCAAAUUAAUUGCACGAGCCUACCAGCCAUUUUCAUUAAUACUCCAGCUGGUGUGUCUGUGCGACAAGGAAUUCAUUAUAUUCAGUUGAUACGUGAUGGUGGUUUUCGCCAAUUUGACUAUGAAGAUAAAAAAAUUAACCAGAAAAUUUACGGGAGUAUCACUCCACCUGACUAUAAUUUGACACGAAUUACAGUACCUAUUAACAUUUUUCAUUCAAAAGAUGACACAACAGCUUCAUUUGAAAAUGUUAUUCAACUGAAAUCAGUGCUACCGAAUCUUAAAUCCACAUACCUCGUUCCAGUCGCAGAUUUUAUACACGUCGAUUUCACAUAUAGCCGAUACGUUCGCAAAAUACUAAACGGCCGACUCAUUGAAACAAUUAACAGCGCCAAUCGAAAGUGAUAACACGUUGUUAUUUUGCGUUAGAUGAUUUCAAUAAUUAUUAAUUGACAUUUUUUCGUUAAGUACAAAUAGAUGACAAAUAACUUUGAAAAAAAAAUUAAAAUAUUAAUUUGCUUUGCUAAAUGAUUCGAAAUAGUCUAAGCUUCUUUAAUCUGCUAUAAUCGAAAUGUAAUUAUAGCAUGAAUCGUGCUACCAAAAUAAAUAAAUUCUCAAGCUUAUUA